CUGCUGCUGCUGAGGUUGCUUGGUUGACUGUAGAGCACCAUUCAUAAACCUGUUCAUUUAAUUAUAGGGAAUGUACUACAAACGUAUUUAUUUCUGCACUGACGUAUAGCGACUGAUGGGUCAUGUUGUGUUAGGCAAACAUUGAAAGAUACAAGAUGUGAAAGGAUAGCUCAAGAGGUGAGGGGCGGACGUAGCCUAUAACAUUCCCAUUAUGACACAAUAUAUAUUUUUUGUAAAUAUAUAUACGUAAAUAUAAGUGAGUCCAGUCCUUCAUCUCUGUGAACAGUAGGCGGCGGUAAUGUUGCAAUAAUUGUGUAGUAAAAAAACAACAAAGAAGCAGAAGUAGCAGAAGACACAUUUCCGCAAAGCAUCGCCCACCAGCAGUGACGCCUCGCCUCACUUUUGUACCAGAAGUGAAAUAUUACCCUGACUAACUUACAUAUUAGUGAUCAAAACACUUGUCAUUUGGCUGAGUUUUGAUAUUCACUCAAGAUGCAAAAAUUCAGAAACCUCUUCCGACCCUGGACCUCCACCGCGAGGCUGGAGGACAAGACGGUGGUUAUCACGGGGGCCAACACCGGCAUAGGCAAGGAGACAGCCCUCGACCUGGCCAAGAGAGGGGCCCGGAUCAUCAUGGCGUGCAGGGACGCAGAGAGGGGCGAGGCGGCCGUGAAGGAGGUGGUGGACGGCUCCCAGAACACCAACGUGGUGUACAUGAAACUGGAUCUAUCAGACACCAAGUCGAUCAGAGAGUUCGCCGAAGCCGUCAACCAAGGCGAGUCCAAGCUCAACAUCCUCAUCAACAACGCUGGCAUCAUGGCCAUUCCAUACGGAAAGACAGCGGACGGAUUUGAAAUGCAAAUCGGAGUCAACCACUUUGGUCACUUCCUGUUGACCCACCUGCUGAUCGACCUGAUCAAGCGCUCAGCGCCGGCCCGGAUCAUCAACGUGUCGUCCAUGGCCCACGCCUGGGGAGCCAUGAACUUUGACGACCUGAACAGUGAGAAGAGCUACGAAAAAAAGGCUGCCUACCAACAGAGCAAGCUGGCCAACGUCCUGUUCACGCGCUCGCUGGCCAAGAAGCUAGAAGGGACCGGAGUGGCAGCCUACUCGCUACACCCAGGGGUGGUGCAGACGGAGCUGUGGCGCCACCUGAACGGGCCCCAGCAGACCAUCAUGAAGAUAGUGAGCCCCUUCACCAAGACCUGCGUCCAGGGGGCCCAGACCUCCAUCUACUGCGCCGUGGAGCCGGCCCUGGAGGACCAGAGCGGUGGAUACUACAGUGACUGUGCCCUGGCUAGCAGCUCCGCCGAGGGGCAGAGCGAGGAGUCUGCCAAGAGGCUGUGGGAGAUGAGCUGCCAGCUGCUCUCCGUGUCCUGGGACUGAGCCUCCCUCCACCAGCCCUGGGGAGUCACCAAACACAGCCCCAACGCCUUACGUUAGCACUCAAUCAAUCUGUUACUGUUUACUAACUGUUUUUUUUUAAAUGUCCCAUUAUAUAUAUUCAUGUAUAUCUAUAUAAAAUAAAUAGUAUUUUUCUUCUGAUUUAAAUUUAAUGGCAAAUUUAAACUUUGUCUUGUCAAACCAAUUUAGUUUUUCACGUCUGUUAAGAAUCAUUUUUAUGGCUAGCCUCUUAAUAUUUAUAUGAGCUGUGUAGCACACCCUAUUUAGCCUAACAAUUUGUCAUGUUUAGACAGUAUAGAAGAAAUCUCCAUGUGCAUAAAAUGAUGGAAAAUCCCAAAACACAGGAUAGAAAAACACAUGAAAAAUUACACAUGAUAGCAAGCACCAGGAUUACACUAGUUAUGCUUAGCUGCUAAGAGACUGGUGUGACCAGGGUUCCUGUCUCAAUUCAGACAGCACUCCGGAGGGCCCCACAAACAGGUUAGGAUCUGGCUCUUAUCAUUUCCUCAAAUGUUCAUGUUUGGACCAGAAAUAGAUCUUCAGUAAACCUGGCAAAUCUAAUUCAUGUUCCUCAUCACGUCCAAAAUGACAUGGAAAAUGUGUUUAGUGCACUAAACCUUAAGAAAUCUUUAGCCUUUUGAUGUCUUAAGCCAGUUAUAAUGAAUGAUUUAAUCAAAGAGAAUAACCAGAGUAGGUAUGACAGGAUGAGUAGUGUCCCUGUUUAAAAAUGCUUAACAUUUAGGGAAGAUAUUUUUUGGAAAGAUUGCAUCUUUGGAUAUCUUGCUCUUGAAAUCUGCCUCAUGUUCUGCAAUUAACAAAAACGGUUCAAGAAUUGUAAAAUGUGGCUUAAAAAAGAUUUUCUUUAUCUGCAUAACUCAAAGAAAAAAGAAAAGUAGCAUGAUGGGUUCCCUACGGCUAAACGAUUGGGCUACUUCUGUUCAACCUUUAUAAGCUCCCACUUUUUUUUUUCUUUUUUUAUCAAUAUAGCCUACCACAAAUAUGCAUACUACUGAAAUGUACAUUUAUUUAUCGACAGGUCACUCUGUUCCGAUUGUUACACUCAUCAACUUUAUUAAGCAUGUCAAUGCCUGGAUGGGCCACUAAUAUUUGUCGAGCCAGAGAGGAAAGAGUUAAACAUUAAACACUUGUAUUGGAUCUCUUAUCAUUGCUGCUGCAAAAAAAAGACUGAAAACAACUGUUUGCUGCAGUUUUUCAAUAAACAAUGAAUGUGUGCAAAACAUUUAUUCUAUUACCAUCGUAUAUAUUUUUUAUAUCUUGUAUUUAAACUUUUCUGCUUUUUUAUUAUAUAUUUCCCUUUUAUUCUUUCUCUUUUUAUUUUAUUCUAUUCUUAAUGAUUGUCCUUUUGUUUUUACGUGUGAUUUCCUUUGUAAAGCACUUUGAAUGGCGCUAUAUAAAUAAACUUGUGUUCUACAACCAAGUCAGCAGGAAGUACAUGAUUGUUUUUAUCAAUAUAGUUCUCAGAAAUGUCAAAGGGAAUGCUUUUAAUAUCAGUUUCAACUGAUAUUAUCAACUCUGCUUUCUUGAAUGUGACCUUGACCUAGUUCUGAUCAUCUUUCAAUAUCUGCAAAUGUUUUUCCAGUGCUUAAGGAUCGGAUGAGUCUUUAUUAUGAAAGCUUUAAAAUGCAGAUAACACUUGGCCAAUGCUUGAAAGUCUUAAAUGAGACUUUAUUAACAUGCUAUUUAUCAUUAACAUGUGCUCACUUACAGAACACUCUAUAUGGUUGGGUUGAAUGGAUCCAAUAUGAGCGUAUUGUACCGAUGCCACCUGCAAAAUCAUGACACAUUUUAUAUUAAUUAGAUAAGAAAUUACAUUCAAAGAAUGCUCCUUAAAUAAAUUCAUUGUUUCUUUCAC